UUUCGAAUUAAAAACAGCUGAGUUAUUUCAAUUUCAAGUUUUCGAAAAAAUUUUAAACAUUUCCAAAAUGAACACAAGAAAUAAAACAAAGCAAAUUUUAUAUGAACAAUUAAAUCGUGCAACUCAAUUACAGGAAGAUGGUGAUACUAGUUUGGAAACUUUGGAUAUUCUCAAAGAGAUUAUCGAACAAACAAAUCGAUGUACUAUCGAUACUGAUAUUAAAGAUCGGGCAUGUAAUACAGAUGAAGUAUUAUUGGAUGCUAAAAUCAUUUCUUCCUCAACGAAUUUUUGUUUGAAUGCAGUCGAUGCCUUCGAUAUUCAUAUGGAUGCAUAUAAUCUUGAUGAUUUCGCUAGACAUUUAGCAGUGUAUUUAAAAGAUGACGAUGAAGAAUAUUUGAAUUGGGAGAAAUUAGAAGAUGAUGCGAUCGAUAGUUUCAAAUUAGGACCAUCAUUUUGCUACUUAUUUGGUACAUUUAAAGAGAAAGAAAUCACUCCAACACAAACACAACGUACACGUACGGCUCGUGGAAAAUUUGAAGCAUGUGCAAAACAAAAACCGGACAAUAUACAUGUGGUGAACAAAGAAGAAGAAGGCGUUGAUGAAACUGUUAAAAGUAUGCUGUCAAUAUUACGUGAACAUUGUAAAACAAAACAGAUUUCAAGUGUAUCGUAUUUUCAUUUUAUUAUCGAUGAUGAUUUCACUAAAACAAUUGAAAAUAUCUUCCAUUUUGCAUUUUUAAUACGAGAUGGUGCUAUACAAAUUUAUUUAGAAGAAGAUAAUUUACCAUAUGCAAGACCCGUUUCAAAGUCCAGUGAGCGUAAUCAAGAAAAUAGUGAUUUAGAAAAUACUCAACAGGUUCUGUCUCUCGAUUGGCAUGAUUGGAUGAGUUUAAAGAAAUAUUUGAAUAUUGAAAAAGGAAUAUAUUCUACGUUAAAAGAAUCUAAACAACGAAAAGAAACUUAUUAUUAAUUAUUAUUUAUGUUAA